UGGACUGGACCUCUCACUUUCUUCGUGGAUCUCGUCGCUGCACUGCAGGAGCUAUUCACGCCUUUCCUCACUCCAGAACGCACCUGGGCACACGCGCGGUGUAACAGAAUAUUACCACUUCGAUCGGAAAACGGGUUGGUGGUAAAAAGAUGAGAAGCGGCAUUUUGCUGGUGGCUUUGUUUGUCGCCAUGAAACUCCACUCAAGCCAGUCCAGCUGCGAGGAACCUGCGGCUGGGGCACACAGAUCAACCAACUCAGAGGAGGGUCCAGGUUUUGGAAACAUCCAGCGGACCAUUCUGAAGAGAUAUAACGGUCUGGAUUAUGACAGCUUCGUCGGGCUGAUGGGGAGAAGGAGCGCUGAUAUAAAUGCUCUACCACCAUCUCCCCAUAAAAGGGAGAUGGACGACGUCUUUGUUGGGCUUAUGGGCAGAAGAAACUCUGAACUUGGUAACAUGCGUCCUUUGAGGAAGGAGGUGUACCCAGAAACAAGAAAAGGAGGUCUAUUCUUUAACAAGUGCAGACUGAGGUGAGUGAGUGUGUAAGGCAUCUUCUCUCCCAUGUCACUCAGUAGACUGCAUGCAUUAUAUACUGUUUUCCAUUCACGUGUUAAUUACAAAUGCAUGAUCUUAAUUUCAGCCAGUUUGCUUGGCUUAAAAACAAUCGUUAAGAAGCCAAGUCAUUCCAGCCAUAUCAACCAUUUUACAAUCAUCAUGACAUCAAAAGCAUCUACAGAUGUAGGAUCUUAAUUUGAGCCAGAUUGCUACAGCAAGAAAAUAAUCCUGCAGCAACAACAAAUGUGAACUAUGCGGAUUAAAACUAAUGGACAUUUUUGUAGGGGUUGAUACAUUUUUAGUUAGCAAAUCAAAUCUGAAAUUUCUAAAGUGUAAAUUACAAACUUUUGAAACCUUUUUUAAAACUCAAAUAUACUACAAGUUUGCAUUUCCUGCUGUGCAGGACAAUUCUCUGUAGGCCUCCACUCAAAUGAACAGCUUUAGUUCAGCUCUCUACGUACCAGAAUACAUUGAAUAAGAAAUCAAGUGCUUCAUAUUUCAUGUUGAAUUAAAUAAACUAUAAUAGUAUUUUAAAAACACAUUUAUGAACCUUUAUUGAUUAUAAAUGUAUCAUACUGUACAUCCACUGUUCCGGUUAUGAUCCAGGUUUCGUCGUGGGUUAUAGACAAGACAUUCAUCUGGACCCAUCUCUACCAUCCAGCUAAGGCAACACCCCUUUUCAGAAGAUUGGAGAUAUUAUUAUACAAUACAGAAGAGCAACGAUAUAUUUUACAAAAACAAAGUAUUCUGAAAACUUCAAUGGAAUUUAAACUGACCAAACCAACAUAUUACUGUAACGUUCCAAAUGGGUUGUCAUAGUAACUAAUAACUAUACAGUUUGUAUAUAACAUGUAUUGUCACAAACAAAGAAAAUUCACAUCUGAUAUGAUCUAUUUCCUUAACAUAGUUGGUUCUUUUUCCCCAAAAGUUCAAGACAAAACACUUUUUUGUUGUUGUUGUAAAUUAAAAUAUUAAUUCAACCUUUAAUCUUUGUACUUCUUGUCAUAUCACAACUGUAAUAUCUUAUCAAAUGGAAAGAGAGACUAUGGAAAUACAGGAUCCCACAGCUGCCACCGAUUAUACUGGUAGAGCAUACAGUACAAAAGGUUAUAUGAUGUAUACUAGGGCUGGGAUUCAAUACAAUCACGGGUUAUAGGCAUUGCGGCUUUCAAAGGCAAUGUUGCCGCUUUCGCAGAGAUCCCAUUCACGGUAAACAAAAUUGCCUUUAAAAGCCGCAAUGCCAAUAACCGGCAAUCGGAUUGAAUCCCACCCUAAAUUGCUUGUUUCAUUCCAGCUGAAAAACAUACAGGUCAAUAUUUAGUGUAGAAAAUUAAGGUAGAUAUGAAAUCUUCUCUUCGA